AACCAGCUUCUCAUUUUCUCUUGCUACUCCUUUCUCUUGCUCUCUUCCUCAGCAAUCUUCCCAUACCUAUCAAUGGAGAGUAAAACACCAAACACCAUCUCAUCUUCUCUUCGAGUAGCUAGAUUUAUUGGGAUCCCAAUAUUUCACAGAAUUCUCAACUGGGUAUUUCAGAUGCCAUAUUCAAGUUUUCUAUCUCUUCUCCAACUCAAACAUGGCUUUGGAAUCUAUGAACCAAACCAUUGGUUUGAGAUGAAAAAGCACUGUCCUGAAGUACUAGCAAGCAAGCAGGUCUUUUUGGAGGAUAAAAGAGAUGAUGAUGAUGGUGAUGAUGAUGGGAAACUACGCAGAAAAGAUAUGGAGGUGGUGAUGGAGAAGUUGGGAAUUUUUUGUAACCCAAAUGAUGAGACUGUUCAAGAGAGAUUACGUUUUAAAGAAUUUUCAGUUCUGUUUGAAGAUGAGGAGCCAAGCUUGGUAGAGGUGAAGGAAGCUUUUGAUGUGUUUGAUCAGAACAAAGAUGGAUUCAUAGAUGCAAUGGAGUUACAGAGAGUUCUUCACUGUUUGGGUUUGUGCAGGGAAGGAAUCAAGAUGGAGGAAUGCAAAAGAAUGAUGGAAACCUUCGAUACAAACAAAGAUGGAAGGAUAGAUUUCAAAGAAUUUCUGAAACUUACAGAGAACAGUUUCCAGUUAAUUCAGAGACAUGGGUGAAUUUGAAGUUAACCCAACAAAUUUCUGAAACCUAUUGGUUUUAUGGACUUCAAUAACCACGAUGAGCUAAUGUAACUCUUUU